UCUUCUCCCGUUACUCUGGGUCUGGAAGAGCAGGCAAAGGAAUCGAGGAUGAAGCUCCUUUUUGCAGCUGCCUUUGCACUCUUUGUGCUCUCUACAUUUGACAAAGCUGACUCUUCAGCUUAUGACAAAAUAGUUGCCCACAGUCGCAUCAGGGCGAGAACACAGGGACCCAAUGUCUGUGCGCUCCAGCAAGUCAUGGGGACCAAGAAGAAGUACUUCAGCACUUGUCGUAACUGGUACCAAGGGGCCAUCUGUGGAAAGAAAGCGACUGUGCUUUAUGAGUGCUGCCCAGGGUACAUGAAGAUGGAAGGCGUGACCAAAGGUUGCCCUGCAGUGGCCCCGAUCGACCAUGUGUAUGGCACCUUGGGUCUGGUGAAGGCCACAUCAACCCAACAAUACUCUGACAUUUCUGAGCUUAGGCCUGAAAUUGAGGGACCUGGAUCUUUUACCUUAUUUGCACCCAGCAACGAAGCCUGGGAGGAGCUGGACGAGACAGUCAGGUCUGCACUGGUCAGCAAUGUGAACAUAGAACUGUACAACGCUCUGCACUACCACAUGGCCAACAAACGCCUCUUGACCAAAGAUUUAAAGAAUGGAAUGACCGUCAGCUCCAUGUACAAUGACCUUGGUCUCUAUAUUAACCAUUACUCCAAUGGGGUGGUGACCGUAAACUGCGCCAGGAUUAUCCACGGCAACCAGGUUGCAACCAAUGGAGUUGUGCAUGUCAUUGACCGUGUUAUCAGCGCUGUUGGGAGCACAAUCCAGGAUGUCAUCGAGGUUAACGAUGACCUGACAACUUUGAGUGACUUAGCUCAAACUGCUGGACUGCUGGACAAGCUUGGUGAGGCAGGGCAAUACACUCUCUUUGCUCCCACCAACGAAGCCUUUGACAGUCUGGGCAGCGAUGUACUGGAGAGAAUUCAGAGCGACAAGGAGGCCCUUCAAGCUCUUCUUAAAUUCCACCUCCUGAAGUCGGUCCAGUGCUCUGAGGCCAUCAUGGCUGGCACCUCUCAUGAGACCUUGGAGGGCAACAACAUUGAGAUUGGCUGUGAUGGCGAAAGCAUAACAGUCAAUGGCAUCAAGAUGGUGCUCAAGAAGGACAUUGUCACCACUAACGGUGUCAUCCAUCUUAUCGACAAAGUACUCAUGCCAGACUCAGCCAAGCAGGUGAUGGAACUGGUUGGAAGUUCUCAGUCAACUUUUGGUGACAUGGUGUCCGAGCUGGGUCUGUCUGCUGCCAUGAGACCAGAGGCUGAGUACACUUUGCUGGCUCCUCUCAAUGCUGCCUUCACUGAUGAAGUGAUGUCGAUGGAUCAGAGGUUGCUCAGGAUUAUCCUUGAGAACCACGUCUUGAAGAAUAAGCUUAUCCUGGGACAGCUGUACAAUGGCCAGCGGCUGGAGACUAUUGGAGGAAAAACCUUGAGGGUUUUCAUCUAUCGCACAGCUGUGUGCAUUGAGAAUUCCUGUCUGAUCAGAGGGAGUAAAGAAGGAAGCAAUGGGGCCCUCCAUGUCAUGAGGACUCUGUUGAAACCAGCGGAAAAAAAUAUGUUCGAGAUUCUGACUGGAAACGGAGGGUUCAAGAUCUUUUUGUCUCUGAUGGAAGCAGCUGGCUUGACCGACUUGCUGAGACAGGAGGGAGACUACACUCUGUUCGCCCCGAGCGAUAGGGCUUUUGCUAGUUUGAGCUCAAGUGAUAUGGAUUUGUUGAAGAGUGACUUAAAUGCACUCAGAACCAUCCUCCUUUAUCACUUCAAUAAUGGUGUCUUCAUUGGUGGGGGUUUGGAGGCUGGGGUUACAAACCUUCUUAAGUCUCUCCAGGGCAGCAACCUCAAAGUGAUGCUUGCUAACAACACAAUGCAAGUGAAUACUGUCCAAGUCCCUGAAUCUGAUAUCAUGGCCUCAAAUGGAGUUGUUCACUUUGUCCACCAAGUCUUGUAUCCUGGAGAUAUCCCUGUUGGAAGCCAGGAUUUCCUCAUGCUAUUGAAGAGGCUCAUCUCUUACAUGCAGAUCAAGUACAUUUCAGGAUUCAGAUAUCAGGAAAUCCCCCUCACAUUUUUGAAGAGGAUCAUCACUGUCGUCCAGGAAGUCCCUAAAGUAACCAAAGUGACCAGGGUUAUCCAACAACCCACCAUCAAGGUUACCAGGGUGAUGGAAGGGGAACCCGUCAUCACCAAAGUCACUAGGGUGAUGGAAGCUGAACCCGUCAUCACCAAAGUCACUAGGAUUGUGUCCACAGGUCCUCAGUCCUCCGUCAGAACUGGCACUAAUUUUGAUCUGGAAGGCACUGACCUUUCAGGUUUUACCACCAUUGAAGGGAAUGCUGAUAUUGACACUGACAGACUUACCAAAAUGAUCCAAGAAGGCAGUUCAAGAAGAACCGCUUCCAGAAGAGUUUUAGCUGGCAACAGGAGGAGAGGAAGAGACUGAGGACAGAAAAGGGAAAAUAUCAACGUAAUGGAAGAGAGACACCAAACCCAGGGGUUAUAAGUGAUGUUUUGAUACAGGAAAAACACUUAAAAAGUCAGUGACUUCAAAUAUACUGUAAUAGGUAUAACUGACAAAAAUACAAUAAUUCUUUCAAAGAUUUAGUGGUGCUUUGAAGUUUUGUGUUUUAUAAUUUUGCAAUUUCUUAAAAAGGAUUUCAAUUUAGCAUAUGAAACUGUGUUUGAACGUUUUGUGCUCGAGGUGAAAGUUGAAGCGGUAAGAUUUAAGACAAGCUGGUUCUGAUGAUUUGUAAAUCUCUGCAUGAUAAAGAUUCAAAAAGAAAAUCGUAUUUUUUUAGACUAUACUAGGUUGAAAUUUUUUAUUUUUUUCUGGCUGUAAUUUCUUAAAUGUUUCAUGUAAAUUUUGUCUUGCUCAUAUCAUCUGAAACAUUGUAUGCAACUGCGGGGUGUUUUUUUUUUCUUUCUACUUUUCAGACAUCUUCCAAUAAAGUGCAUUCUUUGAUAUAAUGCCAGUUUGACACGCUCCUCUGAGAGAUUAUUGUCUGGGUUGUUUUUCUAAGUCCUUCUGAGGCCCUUAUGUAGUCCUACUUUCAGAAAAGUGUCUAAAAUACUUAAUAUUCUAUGUCAAUAUUUUGUCAGCAGUUUGUAUUUUGAACUACCAGUCUUUAAAUCAGAAAGGUUUCUGAGUGAUCCUUUUCAAUGGCCCACUCAUUGUUCUGUGUGCUCUAGGUCAAGCUUGGCAGUCCUCUUCUGGAAACUCAAAGACUUAGACAAUAAGAUAAAACGGUCAAAUGUUCAAAAGAGUUACCUUGUUCCAUUUCUGAUGGGAAGUGUAUAUUUUCCUGAAAUACAACAGAUGUUUGUAAUAACUCUACUCACAUCAUGUGAACAUUUUUAUUAUUUGUUACUGUCAACAUUGGUAAUUAGGAUUUCAUUUUCAGAUGGCAUCAUGAAAUAAAUGGCAGUGAUUGUGUACA